UGCUCUAUUCAGAUAACGAGCUUACUCAGUCGACCCUUAUCGAUGGCCGUUGCUGCUAUUGCAUCGAAGCAGCACUUGCUUUACUUUUCGAAGCCAACGACAUGGCUUCCCAACAAAACCCAUCUGAAAUCCGUAAAGGGUGGCCGUGUGUCAUUCAUCUCCUGUUCUUUGCCGCCGUCGUCGUCCCCGGAAGCUAAGACAGGGACUACUGCAGAGUCGUGUGUCAACUUGGGUCUCUCCCUCUUCUCGAAAGGACGGGUAAAGGAUGCUCUUGCCCAGUUUGAAACAGCACUUGAUUUAGAUCCAAACCCAAUGGAAGCUCAAGCUGCCCUUUAUAACAAGGCCUGCUGUCAUGCCUACCGAGGGGAUGGAAAGAAAGCUGCAGAUUGUUUGCGUACUGCAUUACGAGAAUACAACCUCAAAUUCGGAACCAUUCUCAAUGAUCCAGACUUGGCUUCCUUCAGAGCUUUGCCUGAAUUUAAAGAAAUGCAAGAGGAGGCUAGGCUGGGUGGCGAAGACAUUGGUUACAGUUUCAGGAGAGACCUCAAACUCAUUAGUGAAGUCCAAGCACCAUUUCGUGGGGUUCGCAGAUUCUUCUAUUUGGCAUUUGCUGCAGCAGCAGGGAUUUCAACCUUCUUUACUGUACCAAGGCUAUUUCGUGCACUUAAAGGUGGUGAAGAUGCUCCUGAUAUCUGGGAAACUGCUGGAAAUGCUGCCAUCAAUAUUGGAGGUAUUAUUGUUCUUGUGGCAUUAUUCUUUUGGGAGAGCAAGAAAGAAGAGGAACAGCUUGCACAAAUAUCCAGGAAUGAAACUCUGUCAAGGUUGCCUUUGCGCCUUUCAACUAAUCGAAUUGUUGAACUUGUUCAGCUACGGGACACUGUUAGACCAGUUAUUUUAGCUGGGGAAAAAGGGACUGUUUCGGCAGCUAUUCAGAAGGCUGAAAGAUUCCGAACUGAGCUCCUUAAACGAGGUGUUCUUUUAGUUCCUGUAUUCUGGGGUGAAGAAAAAACACCACCAGUGGAGAAGAAAGGCUUUGGUGUCCCUGCCAAGGCAGCUGCAUCUCUUCCUUCUAUUGGGGAAGAUUUUGACAAACGAACCCAAUCUAUAGCUGCAAAGUCACGAUUGAAAGCGGAGGUGCGAUUUAAGGCUGAGAUUGUAUCACCUACAGAAUGGGAAAGGUGGAUACGUGAUCAACAAAAAUCUGAAGGAGUUACUCCUGGUGAGGAUGUGUACAUAAUAUUACGUUUAGAUGGCCGUGUUCGAAGAUCAGGAAAGGGUAUGCCUGACUGGCCGCAGAUUGUGAAGGAACUACCUCCAAUGGAUGCGUUGCUGAGCAAGCUAGAGAGAUGAAAGAGCCGCUCAAAUCAGAGAGGAAUAUUCUUGAUGCAUAAGGUGCCAAAAAAAUGCCUUUGUAACAUCGAUUUUAAUCUGGAUUCCGAAUAUUAACCA